UUUACAGUACAGCAUGAUCUUGGUACCCAAUGUUAGGCUUACAUUGGUAAUGUCUCUUUCCUUAUCUUUAAACUUUAAGUCACGUGGCUGACACUACUCGCCCACUGUACAAAAUGGCGAGGACCUGGCGUUGCCUGCAGGCGUUGACUUUAGUUCUGUUAUUUAUAACGCCCUAUUCAGUUAUAUCUCAAGGGUACGAUGGAGAUCUGCCCGUUGAGGAAGUUGAAAUAUAUGAUAGGGAAGAAGACCCCGAGGAUCGAGGUGUAAAUUCUGCAGACGAAGCGUUCCCCACAAAUUGCAAUCCUCCCGUACCUCCAGAGAAUGGUUACAUAGAAGGCACAGAGACUAAACUAGGUUCACAGGUCACAUUGAAAUGUAACCCAGGGUUUUACCUAGUCGGCACCUCUACUAUGAGGUGUUUGGCAGUCCCAGGGCUGGCAAGGAAGCUGAUCUGGGACCCACAGGACCAGUAUUACUGUGAAGAAAGAGAAGUAGUGCAAGCACCACAAAUCCAAGAAUUGUUUGAUGAUGAAGAAGGAGAUCCAGAAGAAAACGAACUAGUACACAAAGAUUCAUUGAAUGGUGUUGAAAUUGAGCAAGAAGAGGAAGAAAAAGAGGAAGAAGUGGAGGAAGCCAGUAAUCGCCCAGAUGACAGUGAAUUCUUUGAAGAACCAGUUAUGCUCCAAGGAUCAGAAUCAAGAAAAGAAAAUCCAUCAAAAAUGACAGAGUUGCCAGAACUCUGCAGCUAUCCUAAGGUGGAGGGUCCAUGCAAGGCAUCCUUUCCCAGAUAUUACUAUAAUAUGGAGACGGGAGACUGCCAGUUGUUUACCUAUGGGGGUUGCCGAGGUAACAAAAAUAGAUUCAAAACAGUGGAAGACUGUGAAGAGACUUGUGUUCAGUGAAACUGUAAAUUUGACUGAAAUUUGAUUUUAAUGUGACUGUUGAAAAUUUGCGUCGUCUAAUAAAGAAGUGGUGCCAAAAGUAUGAGCAGUACGUGGUCAAACCACAUGUGAAAAGAA